UGGUAACUCAAAUUGGUUCCAGAAUCGGUCAAAUCGCGGUCAGGUUAAGCUUAACUCCAACUUGAGCCGCAACCAACCGUUUGACAACUUUCUUUCGACAUCAGUCUAUCAAUGUCAACGAGAAAGAAAGAGAGAAAGGAAAGAAGAGAGGGGGGGAGGAAUAAAAAAUAAAAAUAAAAAUAGAAUAAAAUAAAAAAGGUAAGAAAAGAAGAAGUGGAAUUUGUGCGCUGUCUCAGACUGCAGACUGCUUGUAUAGCAGGUUUGGGUCCCAAUUUUCCAGUUGUCAACAAAAAAAACCUUUCAAUCCAAAAAGGAAGCUUCAUUCGUUUCGUGGAACAGAAGUUGAAUAUGGAUAUGCUGCCUAAUAAUUUAAUCUGCAAACGCAAUGAACAUUACCAUGGUUGUGGUGUUUUUUUUAAAACCAACCCAAACUCACCACCACCAGGUCGGUCCUAAUCCUCCUCCAUGCGUUCUCCCCGCGGGGCAGCUCGCUUGUUGGAUCUCGUCAACCCUACUAGUUUAAACUAGCACCAGGCAACCACCGCCUAAGCGUUAAUCGUGCAGAUGCGAUUGGAGGCAGAGAGGCACAAGCUCCAGCGAGAAUCGGAAGAAUCAUAUUGAACUUCCCUCUCUACCUCAAAAUGCCUGAUAUUUCUGCCAAUUUUGAGAGCAGCUGUGCAUCCCGAAGCAAGUGAAUUAACCUAAAAUGGCACUGCUGCCUGCCAUCGCCUGAUUGACCUUUGUCCUCCCUGAUAUUUCGAACGGGAAGUAAACUCAAUUCAAAAGGAGCUUCAGAUCCGUGAUUUUAUCAACUUCUUUUCUGUUUUCCACCAGCAACAAGAAACAGCCCAUUGAUUCUUCACAGGAAAUUAUUGUUCUACAUUGUCUUUGCUUGAAAUUUUCGGAAUCCAAUUCAUCUAUCCAUCUUGUAACUUUUCCUAUUACUAUUCGCUCUUUUCCCCUUGAACCCAAGCUCUUCUCUCAACCAUGGAGCUUCCAUCCAUCCCUGUUCUCCUGAACGACUUCGUUCCCUAUCUGGAUAAACACAACCGUCACGAGAUCCUCACUGGCGAGGCGAUGGCCCCCUUCAAAUCUUACGAAUCUAAGCUCCGUGAAAUAUUCGCUCAGGAGCCCAACCAUAUAGCAAUUGCGAACCCUCAAGUCAAUGUUGUGCCGCUCUACAUUCAGUCCAAUGUGGAUGUCAAGGUGAAGGCGCGGGACCUUGCCGAAGAAAGUCCCGCGGAUGCUGAAAAAUAUAUCCUUCCCCUAACGGCCGAAGUGCGGAAAAAAGAUUCCACCCCUGCCGUAGUUCCCGCUUUCGAUCAGUUUCUCGAGAACUUCAGGAUCUUUUCAGAAUCGUCUCUGGUGGAUAUGGACUGGAGCAAUGUUGUCGUUGCCGGAAGUGCGGUGACUACGUGCCUGUUACCUGUUCCUGACAAGUUCCGCAUGUCACGCAAGGCGCAGAGAGAAUAUUAUCACGAGAAGAUCGCCCCCUCCUCAGACGUUGACCUGUUUCUUUACGGUCUUGACGAAGAGCAGGCGAUUGAGAAGAUCAAACAGAUUGAGAAAUGCAUCCGCAACAGUAUUUUGGAGGAAGUCAGCGUUAUCCGAACCAGAAAUGCCCUUACUAUUGUUUCGAAAUAUCCUACUCGCCACAUUCAGAUAGUGCUCAGGCUCUAUAAAAGCGUCUCGGAAAUCUUGACUGGCUUUGAUGUCGAUUGUGCUUGUACUGCAUUCGAUGGCCGUCAAGUUUGGGCUAGCCCCCGGGCAAUUGCCGCUUUUGCUACUCAGACUAAUUCCAUCGAUCUUACCCGCCGUUCGCCUUCGUAUGAAAACCGCCUCGCCAAAUAUGCCCAUCGUGGAUUCGAAGUGUAUUGGCCGGCUUUAGACCGUUCAAGGUUGGAUCCCACGAUAUUCGAAAGAAGCUUUAACCACGUCGUUGGCCUUGCACGGCUCAUGGUUAUGGAGAAGCUCCCUACUCAAAGCAGCAGAGAAGAUUACAUUGAGCAGCGCCGUGAGGAACGGGGCAGAGCUCAGAAUCAUCACAGGGUUUAUUAUCGCAACAGGGCGAAUCUGAAAGAAGUACAACCCGAAGAUGUUGCCGAAUGGGUGGAACAGGAAGAUGUUUCUAACUAUCAUACGUUCACUAUCCCGUAUGGACCAAAGUACACGGCCAAGAAGAUCGAGAAACUAGUUUAUAAAAAGGAUUUGCUUUUGAACGCGGAAUGGAACAAGCCAAAAGACCGAAAGGUGAAUUUGCACAGACAUCCUGCAUUUUUCGGCAGCGUGCAGCAUGUCAUCGAAGAUUGUUGCGGCUACUGCCCAGUUCCUGUUUCGGACGAGGAAAAGGCCGUUGCGGAGGAAGAGGGCAAGAAAUAUUUGUCAGGCAAAAUCCAGUUUAUGAAAAACGAUCCGGGAAGACAAACCAUCGGGAGCUUCAAUCCUAUUACUGAUUCAGACUGGACUGAAUUCGCAUACAUUGGUGACACUGAGAGCCUCUGCCGAGCUAUUGUUGAGGGGGACCUUGCUCACGUAGAAAAGUGCUGUGCUCAGGAGGACUUCAACGUUGAUAGGCGAGAUUAUACAGGACGAAUGCCCCUUCAUUUGGCGAUCAUGUGCGGAACACCUCGAAUCGUACGAUGCCUCAUCAACCGUGGGGCGCGCCUUGUCAGUCGCGUUGCUGGCGGUUUUACCGCUCUUCACCUUGCUGCGGCUCGUGGAGAUGUGGAAAUCCUUCGGGCGAUUCUGAGGAAGAGCGAAGCAAACCAGGUUGAAUAUCUGGAGAAUUCUGGUACAAAAUGGAGAAAUGAGAACCACUCCGUUACUUCAAGUGAGGAUGACGACCAUAAAGAAGAAGAUGAUGACAUUUCAGUGGUGAGAAGUGGCACAGAGUCUCCGUAUGCUGUGUCGCAGGGGUCAAUGAUCAUGAUCACGGAUCCAUCAAAUGCCCCUCCGGAAGAACAUAAUGAGGAUGAAAACGAGCCUAACUUCUUCGAUGAUAUUGGAGUUCUUUCCUGGGAUAUUCCGUUGGCCCCACUUCAUGUGGCUAUUUUAUACGGCAAUGUGGACAUUAUCACCAGCCUUACCACAGAGUUCGGCGCAAAUGCGAGCCAACCUUUCGUCCGAAAGGACUACGGCAAUUCUGAUGUAACCUUUUCCAUGAUCCUUGCCAUGCACCACCCGUUCGAACAAUCCGCAAAUCUGUUACGAGCCCUCCUCGAAACCGGCGCCUCUUCGACGCAAGCCAACAAGGACCAUUUAACCGCGUUCCACUCUCUUGUACUGACCGGCCAGCCUCAGCAUAUAGAUAUUAUAUUCGACAUCGACGGGCCGGCUGCCCAGCUUGCGAUUGACCAUCCGUGGAUAAACACAUAUUGGCGCCCUCACUGUACCGUGCCUUUGAAUACAGCAAUUACAUACAAGGGAGCCGGGAUGAUUGAGAAGCUAUUGAAGAAAGGGGCAAGCAUAUCAGUGCCUAAUGAGUAUCAGCAGCGCAUCUGGGCGCGCCGAAAAUACGAGGACAAGAAGAUCGAGCAUUCUCUGCGUCAUCCGAUUAUUCAAGCCGCUGAGUUUUCGAGCCCUGCCGUUGUCAGGCAACUUUUGGAUGCUGGAGCUGAUGCUAAUGCAAUGACCCUGGAGUCUCAGCGAUUAGUUGGUAAUGACCCAUACAAUGCAAAUUAUGGCAGGACAGUUCUGGACAUCAUUUGCGAGCGCCGAACGUGCCUGGGAUCACUUUGUAAGCCUCCAGAAACGCCAAUCACCAUUUCCGAGUUCGAACCCGACGCUUUUUAUUUAAACGGCCUGGUGGAAGGGACCUUCGAACAUUCCUUUGCUCAGAACGAGCUUUCAAUAGCAAAAUUGACUUCAGAGGUCAUUCAAGAUAAAUUGAAUUCUACAGCGAUUAUCGAGUACAAAAAACAACUUGGUUUGAAGGUCGACUGGAUUAAACGCGAAAUCAAGGAGCUGGAGGAACUCGAGCAAGCCCUGAAAGAUAAGGGUGGUAAAUCGUUUGCGGAAUUGCACCCAAACCACUCGCCAUCCAUACCUAAAAUUCAAGAAUUACCUAAGGCAACAGCGGUUUCGAAGAAAUUUCAAGUCCUCUAUACAUUCACUGAUAUAGAUGUAGGGGACUUGAAAGCGAAGAAGUAUAUUCCGCUGUUCCAAGCCGCCUGGGAUGGUGAUAUCCAGAAGGUUAGACAGCUAACAACGGAGCAAACCACUACCAAGAAGUUGCGUUCUUCUCUCCGACUAACAGCUACACUGAAAGCACAAACCAUGGACAUAUUCACCAUUGCUGUAGCUCGUGGUCACUUUGAACUGGCUAAGUUCAUACUGCAAGAUGUUGACGCCCACCAAUGCAAGCCGGAUACCAAAAUACCGACCCGUAAGGUCUACGAGGUUGUUGUUGACAACGAUAGUGACAAUGAUAGUUACAACUCUGACUCUGAGCCUGAAGACUGGGAUAAUGAAGGCGUAAGAGUCCAUUUUGAUAUUGUUGAGGACCAGCAAACCAUUGAUGAUGUCCGGGAGCCCGACGUCGGGAAAUAUAGUACCUCGGCGCUGUGCCUCCUCAACACGAGCCGAGAUAUGUCUAUGUUCUUGGGCGAUGAAAACGUGAAUGUCAUGAAGCAUGAGUAUGGGAGCGUGGCCGAUGUUUACAUAUCAAAUUGGCGCCGGAAUCAAUCCGCCGCCCCGGUUGAUAUGGACCAGCUCAAAACAGAUCACCGCAUAGAUUUGAUGGAUUUUGCCAUUCGGCGAAACGAUAUGGCAAUAGUCAAAUUUUUGGUUGAGCAGAAAACGCACUACAUGACCAACACCCCAGGAGAAGUCAACGGUAUAGCUUCUCCUGAAGCCGCGCACAAAUUUAUCACUGUGUUGCCUGAGAUACUGAACACGUGCAUGAAGUAUGGUCGCACUGAAAUGUUGGGCUAUCUUAUGUCUAAGACUGGGCUUGGAUUUCCGUUCCAGGCUCUGAUGAAAGAGGCCGGCAUCAAGGCCGAAAUUGAACCCAAGUACUAUCGAGGUUUAUCUGUAUAUGGCAAGAAGCGGACCGAUUGGGCGUCUGAGAACGGUUAUCGUUCCCGUGACAAAUUUUCUAAUUCACACUCGUUACUCUUGCUCGCCAUUAAUGAGGGUAAUCUUGAUUCUGUCAAGUGGUUCCUUACCGACGAGCCCGAGAAGAUAUACAGGGAAUUCCUCCACACCUAUAAGGAUGAUCCACGUCUAGCUCCCCUCUUCAAAAUAGAGGGAGGUAUUGAUGAUAUGCUGGCAUCUUGGCUGGGUGCUCGACGAAAUUUGGCUCUUCACUGCGCCAUACUUGCCUCGCCAUCUGAGGAAUUCGGCACUUCUGUGGUUCAGUUUAUCCUCGAAACAUUCCCGGAUUCGUUGCACACCAAAAAUGACUCAGGUUUCACCCCUCUCCACUUAGCAUUUGGUGGCCGGAGGAUUAUGGCUGCCAGGGUGCUUGUUGAAGCCGGGGCAGAUCAAACUGCUCGAGAUAACGAUGGCCAUAACAUGCUUCAUCACAUCUUCGCAUCCAAUAUUUCCACUGUCAGGGACUCCCCCAAACUUCUAAAGACAUUGAGCGAGAUCCUGGAUCCCGAAAUUAUUCCAAUCCUCGCGCAAAAGAGAUCCCGUUUACAGACUGGAAGUGGCACCCGGGCCAGACUUGGUAGGCAGACACCAUUAUCACAAUGGCUUUCACGCAGUGAAGGGAUGGAAGUUUCCACUCUUAAAGCCAUUCUGGACAUCACAGGCGGAAAAGAGCUCUACGUCCUUAAUGAGCAAGGGAACUACCCCAUCCAUGACGUUACCAAGGAGGGGAAGAUUGAAUUUGUCCAAGCGUUAUUAGAGAGGGAUCCUUGCAUGGCCGUCUUGGAAAAUGCUACAGGAACGACCCCAUUAGAGGUCGCGGAGAACAAACUCAUCUCUUACCUGAUCCCCGCCUAUUCUAAUAUAGAAAAGAAAAUAAGCAGCUGCGCCGAUAUUCAGUUUGAUUCUAACAGAAUUGUCUCCGAGCUUUACCGUGAUCUCUUCAACAGAUGGCAGAGAUAUCCUUACGAGUUCGGCCCUUCUGAGAUCUACCGUUCCAAGGGAGACAAACCAAUCAUCUCCAUGGAGGACUGCACGGAAGGCAAAAUCGUUCAAUUGCUGCGGAACGCUGCCGCGAAACAGGGCAAGAAGAGGAUCCUCGUCAGCCUGCAGGAUGCGAACGAACUUGUGAGGCGUCUAUCAGCUAUUCACCAAACUACGGCUGCGGCUGCGGCUGCACAGCGCAGGAAUCGAGAUGGCGAUUUCGAUGAUUAUUCCCACGAACCCGAUGGGGAUGAGCAUCGACAGAGCGACACUAAUAAACAAGAUGAAGUGAACCUGUGGCUACACAAGCUUUCGGGUGAGAAUUUUGAGGUGGCAAAGAUUCUGGAGGAAGAAAAAGCGGAAUUGGAAGAAGUAAACAAAGAGAAGAAGUGAGGGGGGGGGGGGUGCACCUCAAGGAAUGAUGUGCAUGAAGCUGACGAACCGAUGGAAGAUCCUACACAAAGAUGGGGAAAUGAAGAAGCUUGAUAGGAUGAGGUCGAAAUAAGGGGCAAAUGACGGCGCUCAUAUCCAACCAAGUUCACUAAUUUUAUUUUAGAAUCUCCAAUGUUUGAAAUCUCUCUAUACUAUUUUGUACCUUUGCUACCUACCCCUUUAUUGAGCCCUCCUCCGCUAGCACAUUUCACAAGGUCCAUGUACCCAUCGGUACAGCCGAUGAAAAAGGGAGGUCAAGUCGUCCAGCCCACAUUAUUUAAUUGUACCGUGCCUCCGUCACCACAACUGGGUGGAAUCAGCUGGAUGGAUGUCCGCCGCAAAUAUAUAUAUAUAUAUAUUAAUAUUUUGAGCCCCCGUCCAGUAAUACCCGAGUUAACGUCAAAUAUGGGCGGGCAUACAUAAAUAGGGAGCGGGCGCGGCGGGUGCAAAGAGAUCGUCACAAAUUCCCCGAGCACCAACCAUUAGGCCCUUCCCUAGUUAUGUUUCUUUGAUUGAGACGGCCGCUAUGAAAUUUCCAUGAUAUUGGUAGUAUAUUAUUAAACUCUCUCUUGGCUAUAUUGAUUUGGUUACUGCGGUCCUUCAAGCAUCCGCUUUAUACAAGAGGGAGGGGAGGGGGGGGAAGUGCUUGUGAAAAGUGAUGUAUGCAGGGAUUCCCCUACAACGUGUAUUUAAACUCUCAGGUUAUUAUAUUACAAUUAAUCAUUUCUUCUCUCAAAAC